UUAAUAAAGAAGGAAAAAAGAAGUCGGUUUGGCUGUUUCCUUCUCGCUUCGUCCUUAUCACAAAUUAAUCAAAACCUCCAUUGAAAGAAAAAGAUAGAAAACGUUUUCCUCCUGCUUUUGCAUAUUCUCGAAGCUUUGAAGAAAAACGAGAACACCAAGCUUUGCUUUACUCCCAAGACUAAUCCAAGCGUUUUCCCCUUUUUGAUUCUUAAAAUCAGAAAAUCGAUAUCAGCGUUGGGAUCGAUGGCGUCGGAUCGGGUCAACUCGGGAUCGAAAGGCUUCGAUUUCGGGUCCGAUGAUAUCCUCUGCUCUUACGACGACUUUGCCAACCAGGAGGACUCCUCUAAUGGUCCCAACUCCGAUCCUGCCAUCGCUGCCAACAAGGAGUUUCACAAGACCAGGAUGGCGAGGUCUUCUGUUUUCCCUACAAGCUCUUACACUCCACCAGAUGACUCUUUGAGCCAAGACAUUAUUAAUGCAACUGUUGAAAGGACCAUGAAGAAGUAUUCUGACAACGUGAUGCGCUUUCUUGAAGGCAUCAGCUCUCGCUUGUCCCAGCUUGAGCUCUACUGCUACAACCUUGAUAAGACUAUUGGCGAGAUGAGGUCGGAGUUGUCUCGUGAUAACGAGGAGGCUGAUGUCAAGCUUAGAUCCAUGGACAAACAUCUUCAAGAGGUGCAUAGGUCUGUCCAGAUUCUUAGAGACAAACAAGAGUUAUUUGAUACGCAGAAAGAGCUUGCGAGGCUUCAACUUGUGCAGAAAGAUUCUUCUUCCUCUUCACAUGGUGAGGAGCGGGUUGCCACUCCUGUUCCAGAGCCUAAGAAGAUUGAGAACACCUCAGAUGCACACAACAAACAGCUUGCACUUGCUUUGCCUCACCAACUAGCACCACAGCCACAGCCACAGCAUCAGCAUCAGCAGCAGUAUUACAUGCCUCCUACUUCACAGCUUCAAAACACACCUGCACCAGCGCCCGUUCCUGCGCCACCAGCGCAGGCUCAGUUCAUGCCCCCACCUCCUGCUCCAUCUCACCCAAGCUCAGCUCAACCUCAGUCAUUCCCGCAGUACCAGCAAAACUGGCCUCCUCAGCCACAGGCCAGGCCACAGUCCAGUGGAGCCUACCCAACAUACUCGCUUGCGCCACCAAGCAACCAGUCUCCCGUAGAACCGUUGCCAAGCAGCAUGCAGAUGCAAUCACCAUACCCUGGACCUCCUCAACAGUCGAUGCAAGCUUACGGAUAUGGUGCACCACCACCACAGGCUCCGCAGCAGACAAAGAUGUCUUAUAACCCCCAGACAGGCGAUGGCUAUCUACCCGCAGGGCCUCCUCCUCCUCCGGGGUAUGCCAAUGCCAUGUAUGAAAGUGGUCGGAUGCAAUACCCACCACCUCAGCCACAUCAGCAGCAGCAUGCCCAUUACAUGCAAGGUCCACAAGGUGGUGGGUACGCUCCUCAGCAGCACCAGGCAGGUGGUGGAAACACUGGGACACCACCUCCUGUGUCAAGAUCAAAAUACGGUGAACUGAUAGAGAAGCUAGUGAGCAUGGGUUUCAGAGGAGACCACGUGAUGGCCGUGAUCCAGAGGAUGGAGGAGAGUGGCCAACCUAUAGACUUCAACGCCCUCCUUGACAGAUUGAGCGCGCAGUCCUCAGGUGGGCCUCCCAGAGGGUGGUGAAGCCACGGUGGCUCCUUUACUUGUGUAUGUUCCACAAUAAAAACCGCUUCCUCCCUUUACCAAGGCUCACAUCUCUUGCGUUAUAGGCCCUGGUUUUAUUGGGUCCCAUUAGAUUUGGGUCUGUUGUGUAUUACUCCUCGAUGCCCUCCCUAUCAUUUGAGUGUUACUCUUGAGCCCAAUCUCUGAUUUUGAGUUGCUUUUCUUUGUGUGUAUGGAGGGAGUUUGUCUUUGUCUGCUUCAGCUUUGUGUUGGAUCGCCUGCUUUUAUAUGGAACCUUGUGUAUAGAAAAUACCUGAACGGAAAGCUCCUUAAUUUUAAAUAAUAAUUCAAAGCGAAAUUAUAUGUCUACU